UCACUUGGUAUUCUUGGCCUGAUGAAAAAAGAAAAUGAUUCUAUGGCAACGGAAUUUGUGCUCCUAGGCCUAUCAUCGUCCUGGGAAAUCCAGCUGUUUCUUUUCUUAGUGUUUCUGCUGCUUUACAUGGCUGUUGUCUUUGGAAACCUCUUGAUAGUGGUAACUGUACGAGUUGAUGCUCAGCUGCUGCAGUCUCCUAUGUACUAUUUUUUGGGGCAUCUCUCCUUCAUUGACCUGUGUCUGAGUUGUGUUACUGUGCCUAAAAUGCUGGGCGAUUUCCUAGAGCAGGGCAAGACCAUUUCUUAUUCAGGAUGCCUGGCCCAGAUCUACUUCCUCCACUUUCUGGGAGCCAGUGAGAUGCUUUUGUUGACAGUCAUGGCCUACGAUAGGUAUGUUGCCAUCUGUAAUCCUCUGCACUACCUGACUGUCAUGAAUCGCCAGCUUUGCUUUCAAUUAGUUUUUGCUUGCUGGUGUGUGGGGUUCAUUCAUUCUAUCACGCAGGUCAUAUUGGUUAUCCGUCUGCCUUUCUGUGGCCCCAAUGAACUGGACAACUUCUAUUGUGAUGUUCCCCAGGUCAUCAAACUGGCCUGUGUGGACACCUUUGUGGUAGAGGUGCUUAUGGUCUCCAACAGUGGUCUGCUUUCCCUCAUCUGCUUCUUGGUCUUGCUGUUCUCUUAUGCCAUCAUCCUGAUCCACUUGAGAACUCACUUCCGCCAUUGCCAGAGCAAGGCUCUCUCUACUUGUGCCUCCCACCUAACAGUGGUCAGCUUGAUCUUUGUGCCAUGUGUUUUCAUCUACCUGAGGCCUUUCUGCAGCUUUUCUGUGGAUAAGGUAUUCUCUGUGUUUUACACAGUGAUCACACCUAUGUUGAAUCCCCUCAUUUACACACUCAGAAAUGCUGAUAUGAAGACAUCUAUGAAGAAGCUGAGAAAAAAAUAUAUGGUCUCAUGUUGCCUUGUUACAAUAUGA